UAUAAAGAUGGAUAAAAAUAAUUUAAGUUCUGAAGAUGAAUUUAUGAUAGAAGCAUUAAAGGAAGCUACAGAUACACAUUUUUUAAAAGAAUAUUUUUUUAAAGAAAUGUCGUCUGAAGGUAAAAAAGCAACAGAUAAAACAACAAACUCAUGUGAACAGAAGUCUCAGCGACGAGAUUUAAAACGUAGGGAUGAUUUUAAAGUUUUCGGAGUAUCGGAUGCUUUUCAGAAUUAUAUUUCCAAACAUCUGACAAAAAUAUUCGACAAGAGUAUCAAGUUUGUGGAUAAUUUGGAAAAACAUUUUUUCACUGCAGAAAAACAAGGAUCAAACUUUGGAGGGGGGAUCAGAUUAUUGAGCAGAUUUGAUACAGUUGUUCGCGAUGUAGAAAAUGCCACUGAAAAUGGUAAUUUUUUUAUAAAUAAAAAGCGUCGUAAACCAAAAUUCUUGAAAAAAGAUGAUAACGUUCCAAGUAAAAUAAAAGUUAAAGAAGCGGCUGUGCAUCCAGGAUGGAUUUUGUCGAAAUGUGAUACGAAAGCUUGGGCUAAUACAAAAAAAGAGGCAGAAUUUAAAUAUAAGAAGCGUCCAGAUGGAUCACUAUUCAAUCAAUGAGAAAGGAAUCCGUAUAUGGUACAUGACUUUCUUUAUAAUAUUCUAUGAUUAGCAUUUAAUUUGUAAAUUAAUGAAAAGAAGUUCUUAUAAAAUUGAUUUCUGAAAAAUA